GACCUAAUACUGAUCCCUGUGGUACACCGCUGGUUACCACACUCCAUUCUGAGGUUUCUGAGACACGGGGGGAACACGCCAGCUCCACGCAGACACGGGGGGAACACGCCAGCUCCACGCAGACACUCCCAGCCCGGAGUGAAGCCCAGGACUCGGGAAUUGUGAGGCAGCAGCGCUAACCACGCCACAGCCCCUCGGGCGCUUCAACGGAUCUUCAAAACCGCCAGCAGGCAUCGGGUGAAUUUUCAAAUUAUACUGCAGAGGGCAGCGAAAAAAAAUCUACGAAAAAAUCGAUUAAAAAAAUCUACAUUUAGUUCAUUAUUCCGGCUGGAAUUCUGCGCGCUGUUUUAAACCCUUCUCCAGCCUAAAACGGACUUGCUGUUUGAAUCAGCAACAAAUUGGCAGAAAUAACAACCGAACGAUAUAUACAGUCCAGUUCUGAGCAGGAUCAGUAAGUGCUAGAGGAGCGAAGAAAGGAGCAGCUGUACCAAACAUGCUUCCAUUGCAGAUAAAAUACGAUUACAGAAAAGGACAAAUUCAAGUGCAAGACUUAAUAAGAAGUUAUUAUCAUUCCUGUCUAAUCUUUCUUUUUAGAAAGUGUUGGUAAUUGCGAAUCAGAAAGAAGCCUCUAUAUAUAUAUAGGGGUGAAACGGUACAGAGGAAUUGAAGCGACACACGACCAAGGUCACCCGCUCCAGUGCGCGUCCUUGUGCGCUGUGCUCUCCAUAGAUAACAUUCUGCACCAUUGUCUUCAGUGUGAUACAGCGGGGUCCAGCCUUUUACAAGAAAUAAAAGCAGCACCAGGAAUGGAGGUUUUCUUAGGAGCUGCUGGGAUUGUCCUCCUUGUCCUUCUGCAGGUAUACAGUGUACACACAGCUGUUGGGAGCUUACCUCACAUCACUCUAGACAGGCACCAAGGAGAGAAGAUCCAGCUGCUCUGUAAUACUGAGGGCUGGUUUCCUAAACCAGAGCUGCAGUGGAUCAGUGUGAAGGGCACUGAUUUAACAGGGAGGGCUGUUCUCACUGAGCAGGAGGCAGACAGGCUGUACUCUCUCCAGAGCUCUCUGCAGGUGUUUCAACAGGAAGCUGACGGGAUCACCUGUCUCAUACGAUACGGAGAGGAGAAAGUCUUGCAGACUAAAGUCCACAUCAACGGAGAAUUCUUCACUCGGGUCACUCCUGCAUGGAAGGGCUUGUCUGCGUUUGCUGUCAUUCUUGUCCUCUUCUGUAUAUUGUGUGUCCCUGUGGCCAUAUUCUACAGCAAAAAGAAAACAGACAACCUCAAGAUUGCUAAACAGAAUCUGGAAGCAGAAUGCGAUGACCUUCGUAAAGAAAUAAAGUCAAAGGGAUUUGUCCUCAAAUCAGAAUGGAAGGAGAUGCAGGAUAAAACAGCUGACGUGACUUUGAACCCUGAUACAGCAAACAAAUAUCUCAUUGUGUCUGAAGAUGGGAAACGUGCAAGAUAUGAAAAGAUAGACCACGGUGUCUCUAGCAAUAAUCAGAGACUUGAUACGUACCACUUUGUGUUGGGCAGGGAGGGGUUCACUUCAGGGAGUCACUACUGGGAGGUGGAGGUGGGGGAGAGGGGUGACUGGAAACUGGGGGUGUGCAGCGAGUUUGCCCAAAGGAGAGGACAUUCUGAUCCAUGCAUCAAGACAGGUUACUGGGUGAUCAGGUUUCAAAAUGGACAUGAGCUUAGUGCCUUGACUGACCCUGUGACCCACCUCAAUGUUCUGCACCCCCAGAAGGUUGGGGUCUAUCUGGAGUAUGAAGGCGGCAAGAUCUCUUUUUACAGGGUGGAGGAUCAUUGUGCUAUUUACACAUUCCAGGGGAACUUCUCUGGGAAACUAUACCCUGUGUUUCACCCAGGAGAAGGAGACCUGGUGAUCCUUCCCAGAGAAGGGUAAUCAGAUAACUCUGUUUCAUACAAGGCAGUACUUAACAACAGUGAGCUGUAAUUCUUGUUUGCAUUGACUGUAGGUUAAGAUUCUGUUGUGUAUUCAAAACACCUCAUUGGCCUGAAUUUAUGGUGGUUUUGAAUCUAAGGCAAGCUGGCUUUUCUAUGGUGGCUCGUUGAGGAUAUGAACAACCUCAGAAAAGGUCUGUGUUACCUUGUGAUCACGAGAUAAAUGAUCUCAGAAUCUCGAGAAAAUGGAAGUUGCAUUCAGUAGUGGGGAGACCUUUGUUCAUGCCCUUAACGAGCCCCCACACUUUCCAAAUUAAAGAAAUAAUUAAAAAAAAAAAAAAAAAACCUGUAGCCCUAAUAAUUCACAAUAUGGCAAUUUAUCAUCAAGCAAGAUCCAAUUUCAGCAAUGAAACAGGGAGAAAGCAGUCAAGAUGCCAUCAUACUCACCAAUAGAUAAAGCAGCAUGAUCUGCUCUUUGCACGUCAACCUGUUGCUGCCUGUUUGUCACAGUGUUCAUUUCUUUGUGUGUAAGUACUGGACUGUAGGAUUGAAUUCCAGAGGAGGGUGCACUACAUAACCGGGAACAUUUGUUAUCAAGGUCUUAAAGACAACUGGAUAUUCCAAACUGGGAGAUAGCGGGGGUAAAAAUAAUUGACAAUUCCAAAUUUAUAUAAUAUAUCUAUAAUCCAUAAAUACACUCCAGAGGGGAUGUUUUCAUGAGAGAUGUAUAUCAGAAUUGUUUGGGUGGUUGAAGGCACUCUUCUGUACCGAAUGCAUCACAUAUUCUGCUUCUGAGCUCUCAGCAAAUCAGCUGACACCCACACAGGAGGUGUGGAGUGCAAUCCAACUGUAUUAGUACAGAAGUGCAGAGGCAGAAAUUACACAGUAGUUUUACACAGACAAAUCCUCAGCACGCUUCCUCAAUACUGUACAUGUAUACUACAUAUACACCUCACAGAUGAGUAAAAUAUUAAUGCAUUUAGCUUUUAACUCUAUUGCAAAGAAUACAAAAUACAGCCAAGACAUCAAUAUUCAUAAUGCAUGGCUAAAAACACAAUAGAUGAAUAUCAGUGAUUGU